AUGUUGGAGAGACUUGUCGUCUCAUUCGACAAAAGUGCCUGCAAAGGCUCUAUUGAUGCUCUCUUUUGUUCUGAUGAUAUUCGUCGUAUGACGGACGAAAGCUUAGCACCUUUUGACCGGAAUCUAAGGAAAUUACCUCGGAAACAGCGCCAACAAAAAUGUCCAGUUAGGCCAAUAGACAGCAGGUCAAGAGGACUCCAUCGUCUUCUGGUGGAAUCGACAUUCAAGUCUCUUCACCAAACACUUUUACUCGAAAUGGAAGUAAGCUCAACAAUUAAGAUGGUGAGCCGAGGUAUUGUUUACAUACGUCAGCAGACAACGGUCCGUUUUGUUGAAGAUUAUGUUUGCUUGCUCCGACGAUGUCUUUCAGAUGACCAACGAAAGCUUGGCAUGGAUUCAUCGGUAUCACAGGCGGUGAACCGAGGACGUAUUUGCACAGUUCAACAGUCUUUACUUCCAUAA